AUGAAUGAGACUGAUUUAUUAAGAGGCAAAAGAGAACAAUUUCACACAGAAAUUCGAAGAAAUCAACUUGAGAAGAUCUUCAAUCUGAAAAGAAAAGUAUCGAAUUCUGAUUCUCAGCUUUCUGAUUAUUAUGCGUAGUAAAUGCAAUAGAUGGGAAAAAUUAAAUUACUAGAUCUACUAAUUUUGAUUAAUGAAAAAGUGAAUAAACCUAUAGUUGAAAUGCUUUAAAAUGACCUUGGUUUCCAAUUGUGCAAAUUGCUCAAUUUAAAUGAACUCUAUUCUAAUUGGGAUUUGUUCAAAAAUAUUUUGACUUAUCUAAAUAUUUUAGUGCUAUUGCCUGAUGAACAUUUGCAUAACUAUCCCAAAUUCAACGAUAUGCUUAUCUCCUUUUCCUAACUUUUCAUCUUGUUGGAAGCUGAAAUAUUUCGCUAGGGCUUAUGCAUAAAAGGAAAUGACCAGAAUUGUCCAUUGGAGGCGGGAUAUGAUGAAAUUUCUCGAUUGUCAUAUUCUUUCAUCAAGGUCGAUCAGAUCUUGAUGUAUUCUUCAACAACCUUCGAGGCAAGAGGAGAACUAUUGAGAAGCAAGUUGUUUACACAUAGUAUUUGCCAUGCCUUUCAUAAUUAAAUGGAUAAUUGUGUUCUUGAGUUGCAUUUGCAAUUGAUAGCCUCUUUGCUAUAGGAUUUGUACAAAUAGGACAAUGAUUGCAGGAAACAUGCAGAAGUGUUCAUUAAACCAGUUUGUACUGCAUUGUCAACCAAAAAUUUGGAUAAAUUAAAUUACUUAUUGUAAAUAUUGCUCAAUCUCACUUUUGUGGGAAUGCAUAAUGGUUAUAUCAAUCAAAUAUUUAAAUUCAAUGGAGCUUUGGAAUUGAUGCAAAUAUUGAAUGAAGGUUUUAAUGAUUAAUUGACUUUGAGGAUCCUGGCAGAGAUAGCUACCCAAAGUCCAGCUCAUAUCGAAAUUUUGAUCAAAAAUGGAUUGCUGCAACAAUUAAAAUUGAAACUCUGUUCAAAUAAUAAGCUAGUUUAAAAUUAAGCCUUAUGGGUCUUAGAAUUCUGCGUGUGUGGGGGAAAAUAAUUUUAUGAUCUCAUAUUUCUAUAGACUGACAUCACUAAUUAUGUAUUCCAGUUAUUGGAUUCAAAAGAUGAAUAAAUACGAAUCUAAGCCUGCUUUACUUUGUGUGCAUAUCUUCUAAAAGGUAAUUAUUAAUAAACUCUGCAACUAUGUUAAUCUAAAGUGCAUAUAAAGGUAUUUGAAUUCUUGUAAUUGGAAAAUGUGGAGUUAAAUUAGGCUAUUCUUGAAGCCGUAGUGGAAAUAUUAAACAAGGAGACUUGGCACAGUAGUCAAUAUGUAUUGAUGUAACAGUCAGACAGGGAGAAUUUACGAUAUAUUUUAGAGAGACUUGAGGAAGACCAAUCUAUCUUUUCUAUGAUAAAUAAUGUAUUAUCAUAUUUAUGA